AUGUACAGAGUCCGCUCCUCUUGUCUUCCUUUCAUCCGCCUCGCCGUCCCUAAGACCCAUUCACCCUCCUCACCGGCGGGAACUUGUGCUUCAACGACUUACUCAUCUCACAAGAUCGAGUCGCUAGCCGAACUGCCCCACAAGUCACCGUAAGUGUCACCAUGUCACCGGCAGCCGACGCCGCCUCCGAGUCGCGAUGUCAACUUGUGCAAGCGUGGUAGACUGACCAGUCUGCUCUUGCCAUCCUUUCAGUCAAUUCAUCUCCCAGUCGGCUGA